CCUAUUCCCUCAGAAAUGAUGGAGCAGGAACAAGAACUGCGGAGACAGAAUGAGAAACUUGACAGAUUGGACAAGGCACUCGAUAACCUCCACAACGUCAGCAAAGCAGUCGGCGAUGAACUGGAAGAGCAGAUCACCUUGAUUGAAAGACUUGAGGAAGCAACGGAUCGAGCAAAUGAGACCACGAGAAAGUUGCACAAAAAUCUAAAGACCCAGGUCCAGCAAGGAGAACAAACAAACAAUACGAUUCUAGACAUUGUCCUAGUGCUUGUUUUUAUUUUCUUAGCACUGGUGGUCGUGUAUGUCUGGAGACAUUAGGAUUUGAAUUGAUUUAACUAGUUCCACUAAAAUCCACAUUCUCUAUACUUUAGCAGUUCCUCUUUUAGGCGGCAUCCUUUUUUGGCUUUACCAAUCCCAUUGUUCAUUUCGAUUGAUC